AUGGGUGAGAUGAGGGGAGAGGGGGAUCAGUGAGAGAGAGAGAGGGAGAGGAGCAAUACAUAUGUUUAGUAUCCGUAAAUCAUUCUGGGAUUGUCAAGCAUUUAUAGAAAUCCCAUUUGACUCUAUGUCUGAUUAGUUAUACAGCUAACAAAUGAACAUCCUCAUUACUCCCGUCUGUCUCUUGCUGGUGUUUAAAGACUGUAAAUGUUCUCCUUCCACGGUUAAAUAUAGUCUUGUCUGUUUGAUUGUAAAGACAGCGCCUCUGUUUUGAUCCUCUCACACUCCUGGAACGUGCUACUCUUUUCCUUCCUGUAUGUGUUUAUAUAGUGUGUGAAAAAGGGAGAGGGACAGGGAGAGGGACAGGGAGAGGGAGACGGAGACGGAGACGGAGACGGAGAGGGAGACGGAGAGGGAGAGGGAGAGGGACAGGGAGAGGGAGAGGGAGAGGGACAGGGAGAGGGACAGGGAGAGGGAGACGGAGACGGAGAGGGAGACGGAGAGGGAGACGGAGAGGGAGACGGAGACCAACAGGGACACCAACAGACACAGACACAGCGAGAGACAGGGUGAAGGACAGAGAUGGACAUUGAGUUCUUUAUUGAUCUCGUCAGCCCCUGAGCUAUGAAUUGCCCCUAAGUUACAGAUUGAAUCAAUAGGUAAUUAGUGGGUGGUGCAUAGUAGAGGCUAAAACACAGUGACUGUGGUCCGGUAGGCUUCUGAUAGCAGAGCUUCUAUUCUCUACUGGGACACUGGAUAUUACAUCACACCUCUACUACCACUGAGUAUGAGAAAGGAGUUCUGAUCCCAUUUGUUACUACCACACCAGUGCUGCUAAUGUGUGUCUUAAUGAGGAAUAGAGAGCUUAUUCACGCCAUGAACAUGAUCUUUAAAAUCCAGGCUAGCGGGCAGGACUGAAGUACUCCAUUGAGUCUAUGGAAAUAGUUUUAACACUUUCCUCAUGUUCAACCUUUAAGUUAACAGACAAUUUAAUAACCUGAACCAACUGAAAAUAUGACUAUCUGUAGAAGUAGUUUAGUAUUCAAAUUGGUUCUCUGAGUGUUUUUUUCUAACAUUUUAGGUUGAAUUUUUUUUUUUUGGUAGGUUAUUCAUUGUCAAGCUUUAAAACCCGAAGCCAGACUGCAACAUUUUAGUAGACUAGCUAGAACUGUGGCAUGUGUCUGUACACUUUCCCUCUGCCUCGAGCUGUAAAUGGGACACACUAAAGCAGAGCAAUUGACAUUCAAUUCACCGAUGCGAGCGCAUCAGGCUGUAAUUUCAUAAAGUAGCUGUAAUUUCAUAAAGUAGCUGUAAUUUCAUAAAGUAGCUGACUCAACUGUUGACUCAUUUAUAGUUAUGUGUCCUAUUGUCCUUUAAUAGUCAUUUAUACACGCUUGUGAAUACUUUAUCAUAUAACUUUUUGACAACUAAGAUUAGAUUUUCUGUAGGCUACAGCAAUGACCUGUUGGAACCAAAACUUGACAUUUAGCCUACAACACUAUAAACUAUCGGUCAGUGCCAUUAGUGAUGAUAUGAUACAGUGGGCUGGCUGGCUGGCUGGCUGGCUGGCUGGCUGGCUGGCUGGCUGGGUGUGUGUGUGUGUGUGUGUGUGUGUGUGUGUGUGUGUGUGUGUGUGUGUGUGUGUGUGUGUGUGUGUGUGUGUGUGUGUGUGUGUGUGUGUGUGUGUGUGUGUGUGUGUGUGUGUCUGGGAGGAGGGGUAUGUGUGCAAUGCACUGCGGUUUAGGGUGCAGCACGUUGGCGGUGCUUGCUGUGACUUGAGUGCACGGGCAGGAUAGAAAUGUGCAUUCUGUGGAACUGAACGCUUAAAAAGCAUCUGCUAAAUGGCAUAUAUUAUACUGAACAAAAAUAUAAACGCAACAUGCAACAAUUUGAAAGAUUUUACAGAGUUACAGUUCAUAAGGAAAUCAGUCUAUUCAAAUAAAUAAAUUAGGCCCUAAUCCAUGGAUUUCACAUGACUGGUCAGGGAUGCAGCCAUGGGUGGUCCUGGGGAGCCAGGCCCACCCACUGGGGAGCCAGGCCCAGCCAAUCAGAAUGAGUUUUUACCCAUAAAAGGGCUUUAUUACAGACAGAAAUACCCCACCCAUCCUCAGACGAUCCUGCAACGGGAAGAAGCGGAUGUGCAGGUCCUGGGGCUGGUGUGGUUACACGUGGUCUGCGGUUGUGAGACCAGUUGGAUGUACUGCCAAAUUCUCUAAAACGACGUUGGAGGCAGCUUAUGGUAGAGAAAUGGACAUUAAAUUCACUGUCAACAGCUCUGGUGGACAUUCCUGCAGUCAGCAUGCCAAUUGCACGCUCCCUCAAAACUUGUGUUAUGUGACAAAACUGCACAUUUUAGAGUGCCCUUUUAUUGUCCCCAGCACAAGGUGCACCUGUGUAAUGAUCAUACUGUUUAAUCAGCUUCUUGAUAUGCCACACCUGUCAGUCAGGUGAAUGGAUUAUCUUGACAAAGGAUAAAUGCCCACUAACAGGGAUUUAAACAAAUUUGUGCACACAAUUUGAGAGAAAUAAGCUUUUUGUGCAUAUGGAACAUUUAUGGGAUAACUUUUUUUCAGCUCAUGAAACAUGGGACCAACACUUUAAAUGUUGCUUUUAUAUUUUUGUUCAGUGUAUAUAUUAUUUGCAAGUUAUCCAACGUUGGAGAUAUUUCCGUAGUCUCAGAAAAUAUCAUUGCUAGCUAACUAACGGCUUGCUAUCUGAGGAAGAUGUAUACAGCUAAUCAGAGGCCACCUCUCUCUCUACUAGUGCUGAGCGAUUAGUGCUUUUCUAGUUCAGUUCGAUUAUUAAAAAAAUAAAUAACGGUUUUUCGAUUUCGGUUUCAAAAAUGUUUUUAUACAUUAAAUGCAUUAGGAAAUAAUGACAAUAAAAUGAUUAGAGCUUUUAAAUGGAAAUUCCAAUGCCAAAAAUAGUGAACAUUCAAUUGCCAAAAUAUUGUCUCUGUCAGGUCCACAUUGGGUAGACAUCAAUAGAAAAAAAUAAAAUUACUGUGAAAUAAUAAAAUAUUUUAGUUACGUAUAUUACUUAAUUUUUAUUUGAUGACUUUAUUAUUUAUCAUUCCUUGAAGUUAUCAUCUCAUGCUUGCUCAGGCAGUAGCAGCCAAACAGCCAGACAACGUUAUCUCUGUACUUCCCAUACCAUACUGUCUUUAGUCAUCCUAUUUAGCUUGGCAUACUUUCACAAACUGUCUCUAUCCCUUUCUCUCAUCGUUGUGUUGUGUACAUUCCUCUCUCAUGCAGUCUGUGUGUAUCUAACCUAACGUAGCAGGCGUAAAAGUGCAGCUAUCCAUCUCUGCCUGAGACGAUAAAACUGGCGCAAUGGAUUAUGGUCAUUGUAGUUAAUUAACACGUUUCUGGGCUGAACUAGGUUGAAUAUUUGCUUAAUGAAAAUUACAACUACCUUCAGCCCAGUGUCUCACAUAGUUCUUGAUUUGAUUUAUCUCGUGAAUGAUUAGAUUUCUCUAUAGAGAAACGGCGCGUUGGGCUCACAAAAAAACCAAACUAAAUGGAAUUCAAGUAAUUGAACCGACAUUGGUCAAUUAGUUGUUUAAUACCCCCCCCCCCCCCCCACACACACAAAAAAAUGCAGGUAAAUCACUCAGCACUACUCUUUACUGUAUGUGCAGCCCAGUGUUACUGUUUUUCUGGUGAUGCUAAUGAGACUAAUCAGAGUUAUAUUUGUGUUUCUCGCUCUCUCCCUCAGGCGGGGAGCCCCACCUCCGUCAACACCCCCUGCAGUUUCUCACGGACGUCAGUCACCCCCUCCAACCAGGACAUCUGCAGGUACUGUACACACACCUUUAAACAAUAACCUUUGAACUCUAACCCCUGACCUUUAACGCUCCAACCAUGACAUCUGCUGCUUUACAUCCUUCAAUUGCAUUGGGCUGCUGAGGGCAAUGCUUGGCAGACCCAUGGUUAGUUGAUUAUGUGAAAAACGGGUCACAGAUGGUGUUGCCUGAUGCCGAAUGGAAUAGAUAGGAGCUAGAGUUGUCAGUGAGGAGUACUACACUGUACUGAAGAAUAAUACUUUAUUGUCCAUUGUCACAGAGAAUCUGAAAUGUGUGUUCUGCUUUACACCAACCACCCUGUGAAAGGUCAGGGAGUUUCCCUGUUUUAACUCUCCAUCCUGUUUUCUUGGUUUUCUUUGAAUGCAUGCUGGCUUUUUGUUUCAUUUCAUUUAUCUUUUUUCUACCCCUCUCUCCUCCCUCCUGCUUGUCUCUCUUCUCCUUCUCUCUCCUGUACCGGUAUUCCGCUAUCGUCCGCCUGUCCAUCCCUCCAUCUCUCCACUCCUCCAACUUCCAUCUCUCACCCCUCCAUCUCUCCACUCCUCCAACUUCCAUCUCUCACCCCUCCAUCCCUCCACUCCUCCAACUUCCAUCUCUCACCCCUCCAUCCCUCCACUCCUCCAACUUCCAUCCCUCAUCCCUCCACUCCCUCACACACAGCCUUACCGCCACAUCUCCAGAUCAGGGCUCCCAGAAGCCUUUGCAGACCGCUGUGGUUCUAUUGAACUCAAACGGCAAAACCUCCCAGAGGUCAGGAGGAGGCAUCUCGAUGACAACCCUCUGCCUGGACGCACCCCCAGCCUUCAAGCCCCCAAAACCCCGGGGCGGGGUCUGCUUCGGGACGGAAUGGUUUUCAUUGCUCCGCCCCUCCACCGUCAACGGAACACUGAAGUUUUCUCGCUCUCUGAACGAUGUGGGCCAGCGCAUGGACAGCCUCUGUAGUGGACUGCAUUUUAUAGACCGGACCUGUUCUGAAGGAGAGCUGGAUGUAAAACCCGAACCACCCAUCACGGACCGGAAGUCCAAGGCACUCAAUGGCAAAGCAGCCACACUCCCACAUCAGGCCUCAAACCUUCCUUCCUUCCCCACGCACACACACACCCACACACACCCUCACUUCGUCCCCUCGUUCACCAACAACUACAAAUACCUCAACCCCGAACACUGCCUCCAACCUCCCUCUACCGGCGUCCCUCCUCCUCCUCCUCCUCCUCCUCCUCCUCCCAGCUCCAACCUCCUCCUCCUCUUCCUCCAUUUCUCUCGCUCCUCUACCUCGGCCAGUCUGCAGUGUUCUGAGCUGGGGAGCUACGCUUCUCACCUCCACAUCGCCAAAUCCUCCAGCGCCCUGAUGGGGGCCAGCGAGCCUCCCCUGGGGGGAGCAGAGGACCUCCUGGGGGAUGACGAGGUGUUCGAGGUCCCCCAGGGAAGGACCGGGGCUUGGACAGGGGCUGGAGUCCCAGGAAGAGGUGCUGGCAGCGGGGUAGCAGCUCUCCUCGGAGAAGCCCCCAUCUGCUACAUGGACGAAGACAGCGAUCUGGACCGGUUUUCGUUUCGGGACCAGUGUUCGUCACCCACCCACUCAGAGAAAACAGGGCCGCUCACGCCAGGCCCACUCUCUCCCUAUUCAUUGUCCGGAGACUGCUGCAGGUGGGUGAUUCCUGGAUUGUCACCCCGUGCUGUUAUGUGGUAGAGUCCCAUAGAAUGCCAUGGCUGGAUCCUGCCCACCUCUCCUGUGACGUGACAUAGGAGAGUCCUGCCCACCUCUCCUGUGACGUGACAUAGGAGAGUCCUGCCCACCUCUCCUGUGACGUGACAUAGGAGAGUCCUGCCCACCUCUCCUGUGACGUGACAUAGGAGAGUCCUGCCCAACCCAUCCUGUGAAGUGGUAGAGCCUGAACACCCCUGUGACGUGACAUGGCAGUAGAGUCCUUUGGUCCACCCCCUCGCAACCUUGUGGUGGUAGAUUCCUGUGGUCCACCCCCCUUCAACCUUGUGGUGGUAGAUUCCUGUGGUCCACCCCCUUCAACCUUGUGGUGGUAGAUUCCUGUGGUCCACCCCCCUUCAACCUUGUGGUGGUAGAUUCCUGUGGUCCACCCCCCUUCAACCUCACUAGCUUAAUGUCCUCACGUGUGACGAUCAGUCACACUGUGGUCUACUCUCCAACCACGCACACCUGCACCCAAGCAUGCCACACACAUGCACGCCCUCCCUGCCCCAGAUCAGAUAAGGUAGUUGUCCUGGGAGAGAGGGACACAUGAGCUCUCUGGGAGUGGGUGAAGGCUAAGGAUCAACAGGCAGAUUAUUGGCUUCAAAUAGCCUCAUAAGGUCUGACUCACACACACACACACUUUGUGUCAAGCCAAGGUCGCGUGGCUCAUGACCUGACCCGUGUCGGGAGGCGAGUGUAGGUGUGUGAGUGUGAGGCUACUUGCAAAAUAGGAUUUCAAUUAUUAACUCUGGCAAUCCACAGGGACAGCAGGCAUAGUGGGGGUGAGUGAGUGAGUGAGUGAGUGAGUGAGUGAGUGAGUGAGUGAGUGAGUGAGUGAGUGAGUGAGUGAGUGAGUGAGUGAGUGAGUGAGUGAGUGAGUGAGUGAGUGAGUGAGUGAGUGAGUGAGUGAGUGAGUGAGUGAGUGAGUGAGUGAUGAGUUCAGGGGAGAGGUAGGGAUAGAGACGCAUCAAGUGCUUUAGCCAGAGGAUGACGGUGUUGUGACUUGUUACUCCCUAUAGAGACCAGACCAAGACAAGUAUAGAAGCUUAAGGAGCUUUAAUUGCACCCUGUUCCCUUUAUAUGGGCCAAUGCGCCCUGGCCAAAAGUAGUGCACUAUGAAGGGUAAUAGGGUGUCAUUUGGGAUGCAUACAUGGACUGAGAUCACCACUGAUCCUUCCUGUUCGCUCUGCUCUACUCUGUCCUGGCUGCUAGCCUAAUGAGACAGUCUUUCUGACACUCCCCGGUUCAGGUCCAAUCUGAACUAGAGGAAAUGAUCAGAAAUCGAGCCAGCAAAAAAUGUGUUGCAGUUUUAAAGUGCCAAUGGAAACAAGAUAUUAUAGAUCAAUGCAGACUUUUACGGGCAUACCACUCAGAGCAGAGAAAACGGGGACGGGGUUUCCAUUGAAAUAUUUUAUACUAUUUAACACGGAGAGGAGAGGAGAGGAGAGGAGAGAAAGUGUUUUAAUUGCUUAUUGUAUGGUGACUGUGUGAUCAGGGUGAAUGAGGGAGGAAGAGGAGGAACAGAGGAGAGCUUUAGAUGUGACUGACAUCAGGGGCCUCAUGCCCUAAAACAUGCACGCUCCAGUUUCCACUCAAAAGUUGGCAUUUAUAAAAACUUAAAUUGACGUGAGAAUGUGCUUAUCCUCCCGCAAACAUUAGAUCAUGCGUACAAACAGUUUCUAGGGGUUGAAGUGUUGCAUUGCAAGAAGGCAAAAGUAGGCUAGUAGUAGCCUUGUGCAAAUGGUGAAUAUAUACUGAGUGCACAAAACAUUAGGAACACCCCCCUUUUGCCCUCAGAACAGCCUCAAUUCGUCGGGUCAUUUACAAGGUGUCGAAAGCGUUCCACAGGGAUGUUGGCCCAUGUUGACUCCAAUGCUUCCCACAGUUGUGUCAAGUUGGUUGGCCAUUCUUGAUACAAACGGGACACUGUUGAGAGUGAAAAACCCAGCAGCGUUGAAGUUCUUGACACAAACCGGUGCGCCUGGCACCUACUACCAUACCCCGUUCAAAGGCACUUAAAUAUUUUGUCUUGCCCAUUCACCCUCUGAAUGGCACAAAUACACAAUCCAUGUGUCAAUUUUCUCAAGGCUUAAAAAUCCUUCUUUAACCUGUCUCCUCCCCUUCAUCUACACUGAUUGAAGUGGAUUUAACAAGUGAUCAAUAAGGGAUCAUAGCAUUCACCUGGAUUUACCUGGUCAGUCUAUGUCAUGGAAAGAGCAGGUGUUCUAAAUGUUUUGUACACUCAGUGUAUAUCAUAACCAUUGCAGAAUAAAUUCCUUACGUUAUCUGGCCAUGAUUAGUUCAUAUUCCGAAAGGAUCCAUACAACAAAUGACCAUGGGCAUCGUACUUGUCUUUUAGAAAUGGUCACAAACUGGGCAAAGAUGUCAAUUCAACGUCUAUUCCACGUUGGUUCAAUGUAAUUUCAUUGAAAUUAUGUGAAAACAACGUUAAUACAACCAGUGUGUACCCAGGGGGCAGAUACAGCAAAUGUCCCUGUAAAAUAAAACAAUUCUGCAAACACCUCCAAAUACAUUUGAUCAAGUUCGCCAUUGCUACAGUAUUUCCUUUAGAUACUGUCUUGGCCUAAUUCCAAUACUUCCAAAUUAUACAGCAGUUAUAAUGCUUGUUCACGCACGCUCAUUCAUGACAGGUCUAAAUUAAAACGGGAAACAUGCGCAUGUAUGGCGUGCGCCAAGUUAAAUCCUCCCCAGAUGACAUUUAGAAAGACAGAUAUACAUACAGAGAGCGGGAUAAGGAAUAAUCAUCCUGUUUACAUCCUGUUUCUAACUGGCAUUUGAAUGCGUUCCAUGUUGAGAUGCUCUGGUAGCGUCCAUGGCACCUGCUCAACAAGGUGUGUUCUGGCUGACGAAGCAAGGCCAAUUGAAUCCCUGUUUCUAUCUUAUUCUCAGCCAGCAGUGCAGCAAAUGCUAGUCUAUUUACACCAAUUUUGUCCCCACUCAACAGGCGUCUGGUAAAAUAUCAUCUCACACACUAUCUGAAUUCUAUUAUAAAUCUCUCAUGCUUCAUGAAUACCGUUAUGGAGUCAGUCUGGUGUGGUACAUGUUUCUUUCUGGUGUGGUACAUGUUUCUGUCUGGUGUGGUACAUGUUUCUGUCUGGUGUGGUACAUGUUUCUGUCUGGUGUGGUACAUGUUUCUCAGUGAUUUGCAGAGCCGCAUACAAACACACAACACACACUCUCCCUCCAUCCCACUCUCUCCUCUUCUCCUCCCCAGCCAUAACCUCUCUAUCUCUCCCUCCAUCCCACUCUCUCCUCUUUCUCCUCCCCACCAUAACCUCUCUCUCUCUCCCUCCAUCCCACUCUCUCCUCUUCUCCUCCCCAGCCAUAACCUCUCUCCUCUCCCCCAUCCCACUCUCUCCUCUUCUCCUCCCCAGCCAUAACCUCUCUCUCUCCCUCCAUCCCACUCUCUCCUCUUCUCCUCCCCAGCCAUAACCUCUCUCUCUCUCCCUCCAUCCCACUCUCUCCUCUUCUCCUCCCCAGCCAUAACCUCUCUCUCUCUCCCCUCCAUCCCACUCUCUCCUCUUCUCCCUCCCCAGCCAUAACCUCUCUCCUCUCCCUCUCUCUCUCCCCCUCCAUCCCACUCUCUCCUCUUCUCCUCCCCAGCCAUAAACUCUCUCUCUCUCCCUCUCUCUCUCUCCCUCCAUCCCACUCUCUCCUCUUCUCCUCCCCAGCCAUAACCUCUCUCUCUCUCCCUCCAUCCCGCCACGCCUCUCUCCUCCUCCGUCUGUUUUUGAGGAAGACAUAAUGCCGUUCUCUUUUCCCUCCUGCUUUGUUUAUGUUGUCAUUUAAUCACACCUACCUGCACGACUCAACCUAGGUGUGUGUGUGUGGUGUGUGUGUGUGUGUGUGUGUGUGUGUGUGUGUGUGUGUGUGUGUGUAUAGGGAGGGUGUGUGUGUGUGUGUGAGUUCUGAGAGUAUUGACUUCAGGGAUAAUUAUCAGUGCUGCCUUUACAUGUUACUCUGUAUUUUCAGCAGCAACUCUGAUCCCACCCUCUUCUCUCCCUCUCCCUUCCCCCUCUCUUUCUCUCCCUCUCCCUUCCCCCUCUAUUCUCUCUCUCUCUCCCCCUCUAUUCUCUCUCUCCCCUCUAUUCUCUCUCUCUCCCUCCCCUCUAUUCUCUCUCUCUCUCUCCCCUCUAUUCUCUCUCUCUCUCUCCCCCUCUCUUUCUCUCUCUCUCUUUCUCGAUUUCUCUCUCUCCAUCGAUUUUCUCCCUCCAACUUCCUGCUUGAGAAGAGGAGCGAUGUUACAGAUCUGAUUGAUUCCCUGAAAUAUACCUUUCAUUUAUGGUGUGUGUAUGAUCAGAAUACUCAAUAGAGGUGUGUGUGUGUGUGUGUGUGUGUGUGUGUGUGUGUAUUUGUGCGCGGGUGGGUGUGUGUGUGCAGAGUCACUGUACUGAUCUCAUGCCCUCCAACGGUGAAUGCUGCUGUGGUAAAAUACCUUGAGGUUGUUCUAUUUAUAAGCCAUACUGUAACAAACUAUCUGUGUCAUUCUAUGUCUACUCUAAUGGAUGCAUCCCAAAUGUCACCUUGUUCCCUAUAUAGUGCACUACUUUAGACCAAGGCCCAUUGGGUGCCAUAUGGGACGAAACCCAUGUCCCUCAGAAAACAGCAAAUUAUUAAUGACUGUGAAGUUGAUUCAGGAAUAAAGUAGCAGAAAUUACAUUAGUUUGUCAUUAUUGAGUUUCCUCUUGGGGACAUAGACAGCACAGGUGGCUUGUGGCACCUUAAUGGAGGAGAACGGGCUCAUAGUAAUGGCUGGAACGGUGUGUACUUAACAUUAUAGAACACAUCAAACACAUAGUUUGAUGCCAAUUCAUUUCAGCCAUUAUUAUGAGCCAUCCUCCCCUCUCCAGCCUCCUGUGAUAGACAGUCUCUGUGUUGUGUUAUUAGUUCUGAUGUGAUCAGUAUUUCUGUUUGAUAUAAACUCUGAUCUCCUCUAGGGUCACUGUGGCAGAGAUGAUGAGAAUUUGUUGAUACUGUAACUCUGUAUCAGUAACUGUCUGGAGGUAAUAACUCUGUAUCAGUAACUUCUAGAGGCUGUAACACAACAAAAUGUGGAGUAAGUCAAUGGGUAUGAAUACUUUCUGAAGGCACUGUAUAUCUUGUGUAUCUGCAGGGGUAUUAAUACUUUCUGAAGGCACUGUAUUUGACUUUUUUGGGGGGGACAUUUUAGUCUUUAGCAGACGCUCUUAUCAAGAGCGACUUACAAUUAGUGAGUGCAUACAUUUUUCAUAUUGGCCCCCCGUGGGAAACGAACCCACAACCCUUGCGUUGCAAGCGCCAUGCUCUACCAACUGAGCUACAGGAUAUGUGUAUCUGUUAUGGUCUACAUAUGUGUCUGUAACUGACCCUGUGUGUCUAUGUCUCUCUCUGUAGGAUCUGUCACUGUGAAGGAGAUGAUGAGAGCCCUUUGAUAACACCGUGCCACUGUACGGGCAGCCUGCGCUUCGUCCACCAGGGGUGCCUGCAGCAGUGGAUCAAGUCCUCGGAUACACGUUGCUGUGAACUCUGCAAGUACCAGUUCAUCAUGCAGACAAAGCUUAAACCCCUGCGCAAGGUGAGACAGAAGGUCUCUGGGCGGUAAACUCAAUAAAGUAUUGAAUAAUUUCGCAGUGUAUUUUUGGAUGGAAUCAAGGCAUUAGAAUGUACCGGAGGCCACCAAAAUGGAGCUUGUUUGGCCCGGGGGAUCCUGGCUGGCUACAUUUUCUAUUUGGCUACUCCAUGUGCUUGUAGAAAACACUGUAUGUGUAUGUACAGUUGAAGUCGGAGGUUUACAUACACCUUAGCCAAACACAUUUAAACUCAGUUUUUCACAAUUCCUGACGUUUAAUCCUAGUAAAAAUUCCCUGUCUUAGGUCAGUUCGGAUCACCACUUUAUUUUAAGAAUGUGAAAUGUCAGAAUAAUAGUAGAGAGAAUGAUUUAUUUCAGCUUUUAUUUAUUUCACCACAUUUCCAGUGAGUCAGAAGUUUACAUACACUUUGGUAGCAUUGCCUUUAAAUUGUGUAACUUGGGUCAAACAUUUCGGGUAGCCUUCCACAAGCUUCCCACAAUAAGUUGGGUGAAUUUUGUCCCAUUCCUCCUGACAGAGCUGGUGUAACUGAGUCAGGUUUGUAGGCCUCCUUGCUCGCACACGCUUUUUCAGUUCUGCCCACAAAUUUUCUAUAGGAUUGAGGUCAGGACUUUGUGAUGGCCACUCCAAUACCUUGACUUUGUUGUCCUUAAGCCAUUUUGCCACAACUUUGGAAGUAUGCUUGGGGUCAUUGUACAUUUGGAAGACCCAUUUGCGACCAAGCUUUAACUUCCUGACUGAUGUCUUGAGAUGUUGCUUCAAUAUAUCCACAUCAUUUUCCUUCCUCAUAAUGCCAUCUAUUUUGUGAAGUGCACCAGUCCCUCCUGCAGCAAAGCACCCCCACAGCAUGAUGCUGCCACCCCCGUGUUUCACAGUUGGGAUGGUGUUCUUCAGCUUGCAAGUGACCACAUUUUUCCUCCAAACAUAAUGAUGGUCAUUAUGGCCAAUCAGUUCUAUUUUGGUUUCAUCAGACCAGAGGACAUUUCUCCAAAAAGUACGAUCUUUGUCCCCAUGUGCAGUUGCAAACCGUAGUCUGGCUUUUUAUGGCGGUUUUGGAGCAGUGGCUUCUUCCUUGCUGAGCGGCCUUUCAGGUUAUGUCGAUAUAGGACUCGUUUUACUGUGGAUAUAGAUACUUUUGAACCUGUUUCCUCCAGCAUCUUCACAAGGUCCUUUGCUGUUGUUCUGGGAUUGAUUUGCAUUUUUCGCACCAAAGUACGUUCAUCUCUAGGAGACAGAACGCGUCUCCUUCCUGAGCGCUAUGACGGCUACGUGGUCCCAUGGUGUUUAUACUUGCGUACUAUUGUUUGUACAGAUGAACGUGGUACCUUCAGGCAUUUGGAAAUUGCUCCCAAGGAUGAACCAGACUUGUGGGUGUCAAUCUUUUUUUUCUGAGGUCUUGGCUGAUUUCUUUUGAUUUUCCUAUGAUGUCAAGCAAAGGGGCACUGAGUUUGAAGGUAGGCCUUGAAAUACAUCCACAGGUACACCUCCAAUUGACUCAAAUUAUGUCAGUUAGCCUAUCAGAAGCUUCUAAAGCCAUGACAUAAUUUUCUGGAAUUUUCCAAGCUGUUUAAAGGCACAGUCAACUUAGUGUUUGUAAACUAUUGACCCACUGGAAUUGUGAUACAGUGAAUUAUACGUGAAAUAAUCUGUCUGUAAACAAUUGUUGGAAAAAUUACUUGUGUCAUGCACAAAGUAGAUGUCCUAACCGACUUGCCAAAACUAUAGUUUGUUAACAAUACAUUUGUGGAGGUGUUGAAAAAACGAGUUUUAAUGACUCCAACCUAAGCGUAUGUAAACUUCCGACUUCAACUGUAUGUGUGUGUGUGUAUGUCUGUGUCUGUGUCUGUGUCUGCGUGCGCGUGUGCGCAAUACACUCAUUCCAUUCUAGUUCUGCACUCCCAGAGAUGACUGUGACCAGAACAUUCAGAUGUGACCCCCACUUGAAGACACUGACAUGACAGAAAGCUGUUUUAAUUCACUAAUAUUGAUAAGAGUAGCAUGAAAUGGGGUUUUAGGCUUUGAAUAAGAUUUCAGGUGAGAAUUUGGAGGGUGCAAUUGGUUUCAAGUGGUUUUGACAUGAUACACUCUUAUUUCAGCCAUGUAUCAAUCUUCAUUGCUUCCAGAUUCAACAUUUUAAUACAAAUUAUUUCACUGUCAACUAAUUGAACGAAAGCACUUAAAUAAAGGUAAUUCUGAUAAUAGUCCUGAGUCCCCGUAGAGGAGGAUACACACCCAACACACACACAUGAACACCAUGGAAACCAGACAAAACCCUCCUCCUCCUGUCUCUUACUCGACCCCCCCCCCCCCCCCCCCCUCCAAGACCCUCAUGGAGGAGGUUAAACACACAUACACACACAGCACACAUACACUACCAGUUAACAGUUUGGACACACCUACUCAUUCAAGGGUUUUUCUUUAUUUUUACUAUUUUCUACAUUUUAGAAUAAUAGUGAAGACAUCAAAACUAUGACGUAACACAUAUGGAAUCAUGUAGUAACCAAAAAAGUGGUAAACAAAUCAAAAUAUAUUUUAGAUUUUACAUUUUUCAAAGUAGCCACCCUUUUCCUUGAUGACAGCUUUGCACACUCUUUGAAUUCUCUCAACCAGCUUCAUGAGGUAGUCACCUGGAAUGCUUUUCCAACAGUCUUGAAGGAGUUCCCACAUAUGCUGAGCACUUGUUGGCUGCUUUUCUUUCACUCUGCGGUCCAACUCAUCCCAAACCAUCUCAAUUGGGUUGAGGUCAGAUUAUUGUGGAGGCCAGGUCAUCUGAUGCAGCACUCAAUCACUCUCCUUCCUGGUCAAUUAGCCCUUACACAGCCUGGAGGCGUGUAUUGGGUCAUUGUCCUUUUGAAAAAUAAAUGAUAGUCCCACUAAGUGUAAACCAGAUGGGAUGGCGUAUCGCUGCAGAAUGCUGUGGUAGCCAUGCUGGUUAAGUGUGCCUUGAAUUCUAAAUAAAUCAUCAACAGUGUCACCAGCAAAGCACCCCCACACCAUCACACCUCCUCCUCCAUGCUUCAUGGUGGGAACCACACAUUCGGAGAUCAUCCAUUCACCUACACUGCGUCUCACAAAGACACGGCGGUUGGAACCAUAAAUCUCAAACUUGGACUCAUCAGACCAAAGGACAGAUUUCCACCGGUCUACUGUCCAUUGCUCGUGUUUCUUGGCCCAAGCAAGUCUCUUCUUAUUAUUGGUGUCCUUUAGUAGUGGUUUCUUUGCAGCAAUUCGACCAUGAAGGCUUGAUUCACGCAGUCUCCUCUAAACAGUUGAUAUUGAGAUGUGUCUGUUACUUGAACUCUGUGAAGCAUUUAUUUGGGCUGCAAUCUGAGGUGCAGUUAAUUGCCGAUUUCUGAGGCUGGUAACUCUAAUGAACUUAUCCUCUGCAGCAGAGGUAACUCUGGGUCUUCCUUUCCUGUGGCGGUCCUCAAGAGAGCCAGUUUCAUCAUAGCGCUUGAUGGUUUUUGCGACUGCAAAUUGAAAAUUUCCGGAUUGACUGACCUUCAUGUCUUAAAGUAAUGAUGGACUGUUGUUUCUCUUUGCUUAUUUGAGCUGUCCUUGCCAUAAUAUGGACUUGGUCUUUUACCAAAUAGGGCUAUUUUCUGUAUACCACCCCUACCUUGUCACAACACAACUGAUUGGCUCAAACGCAUUAAGAAGGAAAGAAAUUCCACAAAUUAACUUUUAACAUGGCACACCUGUUAAUUGAAAUGCAUUCCAGGUGACUACCUCAUGAUGCUGGUUGAGAGUGUGCAAAGCUGUCAUCAAGGCAAAGGGUGGCUACUUGGAAGAAUCUCAAAUAUAACAUAUAUUUUGAUUUGUUUUAACACUUUUUUUUGUUACUAUGUGAGUUAUUUAAUAGUUUCUACAAUGUAGAAAAUAGUAAAAAUAAAGAAAAACCCUUGAGUGAGUAGGUGUGUCAAGGUACUGUAGAUGCAGGGUAAAUUCAGGACAACACCAUGGAAACCAGGCCAAUUCCUCCUUUCUCCUCCACUUUUCUCCUCCUCCACCUCUCUCCUCUUCUCUCCUCCUCCUCUCUCCUCCUCUCUUGUCCUCCUGACUCCUCCUCCCUAUCCUCUCUCUUCCUCUUCUCUCCUCCUCUUCUCUCCUCCUCUCUCCUCCUCCUCUUCUCUCCUCCUCCUCUCUCUCCUCCUCUUUCUCCUCCUCUCUCCUCUUCUCUCCUCCUCCUCUCUCCUCCUCUCUUGUCCUCCUAACUACUCCUCCCUAUCCUCUCUCUUCCUCUUCUCUCCUCCUCCUCUCUCCUCUUCUCUCCUCCUCCUCUCUCCUCUUCUCUCCUCCUCCUUCUCCCUUCCCUUCUCUCCUCCUCCAUCCUCCUUAUCCAUUCUCUCCAUCAGGGUAAAGUGUAUUUAUUAUCUGUCCCUGUUCUAUAAAAGGUUGCAUUAUUCAGGUAGAACUAGCCAGUGUGCCAGGGUAUUGGUUAACAGGACUGGCACACAGAUCUAUAGACGGGGUGGGUUGUUUAGCAACAAAACCGAUGUGUGCGCAAACGUGGAGAAAAACAGGUGGGGUUGGUUUAGAAUCAAAGGAUUGUUGACAUGUAAACUAUAUUUCCUCUCCAAAUCUAUAUAGAAAACAUUUCUACAUUUGCACAAUGAGCUCUUGUUGUCUCUCAAAUACAUUGUUACAGUUGUUAGCUAGCUAGCAAAUCUUUGCCAUAUUGGCAUUGAUGUGGGAGUCAAAACACCUAAAAACAAGACAUGGUAUCAAUAACAAGAUACAACGAGCUGAAACGAGCCAUCUAUGAUUCCCCACAUGGCAGCUUGUUGCCAUUGUUGCUAGCUAUCUGCCUGUCCAGAACAGCUUGUUGUCAUGACAACACACAGACUUCUGCCUCAACGACACAACAUUUUUGGGACGUUGCCAGGCAACCCUUCUAUACAUUUUAUGUUUUAGUCAUUUAGCAGACGCUCUUAUCUUAUACACCCUCUCUGCCAAAGAAGAGUGGAUGGGCAGAGUGGGCCUGCUCCUCUCCCUGUUCCCCAUUCUGUCAUCCUCUCAUUCUCCUCCACUCUCAUCUCUCCCUUUCCUCAUUUUUCAUCAAAUCAAUACCAGAAAUCAAAGCUGAAAAAUACAUUGUGGCCAUUGGCCUUUCAUUUCAUGCUUGUUAUAAAGGAUUUCAAAGCAUGUCGACAUUUAUGAAGGUUAUUGAGAGAUUGCAUCAGCUAUUCAGACGUGUAAUGUACCAAAACCCUUUAGCAAUAGGUAUUUGAAUUUGACCAUUGAUUUCAAUAGGUUUCAUGGAUCAAUAAAGAAACCCUCCUAUGUGUUGGAUCUAUGAGAGGUCUAACGAUGUGGUUGAGUGGUACUGGACAGCUGAUAAAUUGUUAACCAGCAUCAGUGUGUAACUGAAUGAUUCACAUCACACUGACUGAGUGAUGACCAUCAAAUAUUUAGCACUCAGUUUAAGCAGCUUCUGAAGAGGGCACUUUUUGCCAGACUGCUCAUAGUCCAUUGAUAGUCAAUCGCCCAAACCCUGUCCUUUGAGUGUGUGUAUGUGUGUAUUUAUGUGUGUGUGUCUUUCGGUUUUUUUUCUCUCUCUCUCGCUCCUCUCUCAGUGGGAGACGCUCCAGAUGACGUCUAGUGAGAGGAGGAAGAUCAUUUGUUCUGUGACGUUCCAUGUCAUCGCCAUCACCUGCGUGGUAUGGUCCCUCUACGUACUCAUCGACCGCACUGCAGACGAGAUCAGAGCAGGUCAGCACAGUCACCAAAAACAGCACAACACCCUUCAGCAUGGACACUACACACUACAUACCCUUCAAUUCUUUCACUGCACGCUAAAAACAACACUACACACCUUAGAACAGUCACACACUCCUUAGCAUGGACAGUGCACUCCAAAAACACCACCCCUCACUGAAUACAGUGACAGCAUUCCGAAAACACCACAACACCCCUCACUGAAUAGAGCGACGGCAAAACACAAUACACAACUCUAGUACAGUACAACAUGACACACACUCUCUCUCGGUUCAGGCCCGUUCACGCAGAUUGACAUGUUGUGUUUCUGCUCUGAUCGUAAUAAAUAGUUAGUACCCGUCCGUAAUAACAGGCCAGUAUCCACUGUAUAUCUUUCUCUAUCUCUGUCUUCUUACAUCAAGUAAUUUGGCAGGUAGUACUCUCAGCAUGUCGCAAAGACAAUUAGGACGUUUAUUCUGGGUCUGUUAAGAUGUUAUUGUACUGCUAAGGAGAAUGGGGGGAGAGGGAGAGAGAGAGAAAACCACCAUCUGUUUUCACUAGUUUGACUAGGGAGUAUACGGGCAUGUUAAACUGAGUUAUACUGUAUAGUGUACAUUCAAUCAUCUGUACUCUCUCUCUCUCUCUCUCUGUCUAUCACUGGUAAUACAUUGUAAUGACAAUCUCUUCACCCAUGCAGCCGGAAGAAUCCCAGGUAAACUUUUGACCUUUGACCUUUAACCCUGUUUUAUGUCAUUUCCUGUGAGACUGGGCUCUGGUGUUUAGGGCUUUCUCUAAUUUCUAAUCAAAUUUUAUUUGUCACAUGCUUCGUAAACAACAGGUGUAGACUAACAGUGAAAUGCUUACUCACGGGUCCUUCCCAACAAUACAGAGAGAAAGAAAAUAGAGAAAUAAUAGAAAAGUAAAAUUUGUAAUAAUAAAAGUAAUAAUAGAUACACAAUGAGUAACUAUAACUUGGCUAUAUGCAAGGGGUACCAGUACCUAGUCGAUGUGCAAGGGUAUGAGGUAAUUGAGGUAGAUAUGUACAUAUAACUAGGAACAAAGUGACAGAUAGUAAACAGUAGCAGCAACGUAUGUGAUUAAUCAAAAAAGUUAGUGCAAAAAGGGUCAAUGCAGAUAGUCCAGGUAGCUACAGUAUUUGGUUAACUAUGUAACAAACUAUUUAGCAGUCUUAUGGCUUGGGGGUAGAAGCUGUUCAGGGUCCUGUUGGUUCCAGACUUGGUGGCUGGAGUCUUUGACAAUUUGUAGGGCCUUCUGACACUGCCUGGUAUAGAGGUCCAGGAUGGCAGUGAGCUCGGCCACAGCGAUGUACUGGGACGUCCACACUACCCUCUGUAGUGCUUUGCGUCGGAUGCCAAGCAGUUGCCAUUCCAAACGGUGAUGCAGCCAGUCAAGAUGCUCUCAGUGGUAUAGCUGUAGAACUUUUUGAGGAUCUGAGGGCCCAUACCAAAUCUUUUCAGCCUCCUGAGGGGGAAGAGGCGUUGUCGUGCCCUCUUAACGACUGUGUUAGUGUGUUUGGACCAUCAUAGAUCCUUAGUGAUGUGGACACAGAGGAACUUGAAGCUCUCGACCCGCUCCUCUACAGCCCUGUCGAUGUGAAUGGGGGGCGUGCACGGCAUUAAUUUAAUGUAGUCCAUGAUCAGCUCCUUUGUCUUGCUGAUGUUGAGGAGGAGGUUGUUGUCCUGGCACCACACUGCCAGGUCUCUGACCUCCUCCAUAUAGGCUGUCUCAUCGUUUUCGGUGAUCAGGCUUACCACAGUCGUGUCAUCAGCAAACUUCAUGAUGGUGUUGGAAUCGUGUGCGGCCACGCAGUCGUAGGUGAACAGGAGUACAGGAGGGGACUAAGCACGCACCCCUGAGGGGCCCCUGUAUUGAGGGUCAGCGUGGCGGAUGUGUUGUUGCCUAUCCUCACCAUCUGGGGGUGGCCCGUCAGGAAUUCCUGGAUCCAGUUAGAGAGGGAGGUGUUCAGUCCCAGUGUCCUUGGCUUAGUGAUGAGCUUGGAGGGCACUAUGGUGUUUAACGCUGAGCUGUAGUCAAUGAACAGCAUUCUCACGUAGGUGUUCCUUUUGUCAGAGUGGGAAAGGGCAGUGUGGAGUGCAAUAGCAAUUGCAUCAUCUGUGAAUCUGUUGGGGCGGUAGGUGAAUUGGAGUGGGUUCAGGAUGUCUGGGAUGAUGGUGUUGAAAGCAUUUCAUGGAUACAGAUGUGGGUGCUACGAGGCGGUAGUCAUUCAGACAGGUUACCUUGGCGUUCUUGGGCACAGGGACUAUGGUGGUCUGCUUAAAACAUGUAGGUAUUACAGACUGGGUCAGGGGGAGGUUGAAAAUGUCAGUGAAGACACUUGCCAGCUGGUCAACGCAUGCUCUGAGUAUGCAUCCUGGUAAUCCAUCUGGCCCUGCGGCCUUAUGAAUGUAAACCUGUUUAAAGGUCUUACUUACAUCGGCCACAGAGAGCGUGAUCACACAGUCGUCCAAAACAGCUGGUGCUCUCACGAAUGGUUCAGUGUUGCUUGCCUCGAAGCAAAGAUAGAAGGCUCGUCUGGUAGGCUUGUAUCACUGGGCAGCUUGCGGCUGGGUUGCCGUUUGUAAUCCAUGAUAGUUUGCAAGCCUUGCCACAUCUGACAAGCAUCAGAGCCCGUAGGAUUCGAUCUUAGUCCUGUAUUGACGCUUUGCCUGUUGGAUGGUUAGUCUGAGGGUGUAGUGAGAUUUCUUAUAAGCGUCCGGGUUAGUGUCCUGCUCCUUGAAAGCGGCAGCUCUAGCCGUUAGCUCAGUGCGGAUGUUGCCUGUAAUCCACAACUUCUGGUUGGGAUAUGUACGUACGGUCACUGUGGGGAUGAUGUCGUCGAUGCACUUAUUAAUGAAGCAGGUGACUGUGGUAAACUCCUCAAUGCCAUCGGAUGAGUCCCGGAACAUAUUCCAGUCUGUGCUAGCGAAACAGACCUGUAGCUUAGCAUCUGCUUCAUCGGACCACUUCCGUAUUGAGCGCGUCACUGGUACUUCCUGUUUGAGUUUUUGCUUGUAAGCAGGAGGAUAGAGUUAUGGUCAGAUUUGCCAAAUGGAGGGCGAGGGAGAGAUUUGUAUGCGUCUCUGUGUGGAGUAAAGGUGAUCUAGAGUUGUUUCACCUCUAGUUGCACAGUUGUUGUGCGGUCUUAGUGCCAGCAUCGGUUUGUGGGGGUAAAUAGACCGCUACGAAAAAUAUAGAUGAAAACUCUCUUGGUAAGUAUACUGAACAAAAAUAUAAACGCAACAUGCAACAAUUUCAAAGAUUUUAUUGAGUACAGUUCAUAUAAGGAAAUCAGUCAAUUGAAAUCAAUUCAUUAGGCCCUAAUCUAUGCAUUUCACAUGACUGGGAAUACAGAUAUGCAUCUGUUGGUCACAGAUACUUUUAUUUUUUUAAGGUUGAGGCAUGGAUCAGAAAACCGAUCAGUAUCUGGUGUGACCACCAUUUGUCUCAUGCAGCGCGACAUAUCUCCUUCACAUAGAGUUGAUCAGGCUGUUGAUUGUGGCCUGUGGAAUGAUGUCCCACUGGAUAUUGGCGGGAACUGGAACACGCUGUCGUACACGUAGAUCCAGAGCAUCCCAAACAUGCUCAAUGGGUGACAUGGGUCCGUGCAUUAUCAUGCUGAAACAUGAGGUGAUGGCGGCAGAUGAAUGGCACGACAAUGGGCCUCAGGAUCUCGUAACGGUAUCUCUGUGCAUUCAAAUUGCCAUCAAUAAAAUGCAAUUGUGUUCAUUGUCUGUAGCUUAUGCCUGCCCAUACCAUAACCCCAACGCCACCAUGGGCCACUCUGUUCCAACGUUGACACAGCAAACCGCUCGCCCACAGGACGCCAUACAUGUGGUCUGCGGUUGUGAGGUCAGUUGGACGUACUGCCACAUUCUCUAAAACAACGUUGGAGGCGGUUUAUGGUAGAGAAAUUAACAUUCAAUUAUCUGGCAACAGCUCUGGUGGACAUUCCUGCAGUCAGCAUGCCAAUUGCAUACUCCCUCAAAACUUGAGACAUCUGUUGCAUUGUGUUGUGUGAUAAAACUGCACAUUUUAGAGUGGUCUUUUAUUGUCCCCAGCACAAGGUGCACCUGUGUAAUGAUCAUGCUGUUUAAUCAGCUUCUUGAUAUGCCACACCUGCCAGGUGGAUGGAUUAUCUUGGCAAAGGAAAAAUCCUCACUAACAGGGAUGUAAACAAAUGUGUGCACCAAAUUUGAGAGAAAUAUGCUUUUUGUGGGUAUGUAAAAUUUCUGGGAUCUUUUAUUUCAGCUCAUGAAACAUGGGACCAACACUUUACAUGUUGCAUUUAUAUUUUUGUUCAGUGUAGUAUGGUCUACAGCUUUUCAUGAGGUAUUCUAACUCAGGCGAGCGGCACCUCGAGACUUCCUUAAUAUUAGAGAUCAUGCACCAGCGGUUGUUAACAAAGAGACACACAUCUCCCCCCUUGAGCUUACCCGAUGUUGCCGUUCUGUCCUGCCGAUGCAUAGAAAAAGCAGCUAGCGAAUUAUACGUCCUCGUUCAGCCAAGUUUCCGAAAAACAUAGGAUAUUACAGUUCUUUGGGUCCUGUUGAUAGGAACGGAGCUCGUCCAGUUUGUUCUCCAGUGAUUAUACAUUCGCCAAUAGAACGGAGGGUAGAAGCGGAUUAUUUGCUCGUUGCCGUAGUUUCAUCAGGGUACCCACAGUCGGACUCUAUAUAUGACCGACCGGCUCGAUUCGGUCUUAUGUAGCAAAAAUUGAAAUGGUGUGUUUUACAUUGGAUAAAAGUAGAGACUCAGAGCUAGAAAAUUGUAUAUCAUACACUACAGUUGAGGAACAAUGGGAAAGUAAUUCUACUUUGAAAGUUGAUAAACUUGUAGCCUCACUUUUGAGAAAAUGGCCCUUGAAUGUUUUGGUACCUACUGGAGAGCUCUUCUUUGUCUACACCCCAUUAAGCAUAGUUCACACCCUCUUAAGCUUUAGCCCCACCCAUCUUUUUAAGGAUUCACAUGUGAGGCUAUGUACUAAACAACCAAAGAUUUCAAUACUAAAGGCUGGUUUAUACUACGGGUGUGUUCGUAAAUGUAAUAUUGGCGUUCGUAAACUCAGAGCGUUGUCAGAUUGUCCGUUUGUAAAUUCAGAGCGUUUCGCUUUCGUAGCGUUCAGAGCACACACUGGACACUCUGGCCGAGGAGUAGGGUUGAUCCGAGCGUUCUAACCUAACAACAGCAGUCAAGCACCCAAGCUAACUGGCUAACGUUGGCUAGCUUGCUAGCUACUUCCAGACACAAAUGAGAGAACAGCUCACUGACCAUUUUACUCACCCUAGCAGAGCUGGUUAGGCUGUUUUUAUGUUAUCCAGAGCGUUGGUGACUGCAACUGUGCGGCUGGCAACAAUUUAAUUACGCUUUUUUUGCCAACGUUUACUGACACCGGCCAUAUUCAACAGGUGUUGCGCGUUCGUAAAUUUGUCAGUUAUUCGGAGCUCUGGCACACUCAGACGAGAGUGCACAGAAAUCGGUAGAUUUCCAGAGCAAAUUUACCAGCUACGUCUAUCGACAAUUGUCGCAGUGACAUCAUAAACAUUCUAUUGAAAUAGUUACUUGCAUAGUGGAGUCUUUUGUUUAGACAUGUAGCUAUAUAGCUAGCUAAACAAUGAACCAUAAUCCCAACUCAUAAUGUUACUACCCUGCAUGAAUCUGCAGGUAGCUAACCAACCAGGUUCAAUGUUAGCUAGCUAACAUUAGGCUAUAACUAGCAAUACAAAUGGCUCUGAGAUACUAAUAAUAUUACUACACAGAUCACACACGUAACGUUAGCUAGAUAGCCAGCCAGCUAACAUUAGCUAGCUAGCAAACUACACUUUAACUUGAAAUGAAAAUGACUUUCUGACAAAAUUAGAAACGUGUAAUAUCUGAAAAUGUAGCUAGCUAGACUAUCUUAUACAUGGAUGGACGCUUCUCCCUCUCUGUCACGGAUGCCAUGGUUGCCCUUUGUUUGAAGAUGUAAUCCGGAGACAGAUGUUUUAUAAAACAGCCUUCUGUGUGUUCUCUUUUCGACUCUGUCUGCAUGUUUGCAAUCAAAUGCCAGAAUUUUCUCCAUCUCCUUAGCUAUCAUACGCUAAUUCCACUGAUUUCAAAACUCGGUCCUCCAGAAAGCGGAGAGCAACACUUAUGCAGUUCUACUACGUGAUGUCUUUCAAAAAAGCAGAGUUAGAAAGGAUUACAUACACAUACUGACCAGCUUAUGUUAUAGACCGAAGCGUGCUACAUGGCAGACCAAUCCGAACUCAUCUCUCGGCAUGUCCAGCCCACUCAUUAUCUCAGCCAAUCAUGGAUAGCGGGAAGGUUGCUGUCUUUUUCUGUGGCUAAACCAACUAGGCUCCUAAUUUAACAAUUGUAUUCAUAUUUACAGAUGGCAUACAAGUUUGAUAUUGAGGCACAUGAAAGUUCACAUGUUCCAGAAGGCAUUUCUGCCAAAAAACACAUUUUGAUAAAAAAAAAGUGAAUGUUCAAAUGGCGCUCCUGUGAAGUAGUGACGUGCGACAUACGCGUAGUUUCCUGAAACGAGUCACAUAUAGCCCUCUCUUUCUCUAGCGAGUGUCGGGGAUUAGGGCCUGGUCCGAAAUGAGCAGUAUGUCCUGUGCCGCCAACUCAUUGAAGUAGAAAUCUUCAUCCAAAUCGAGUUUAGUGAUCGCUGUUCUGAUGUCCAAAAAAACAAAAAACAGCAUAAUUGGUCAGGAGGCCGUAAAACAGUCCAGCACCAUUCUCAUUUCAUCUUUCCUUGAUUCCUCUCAACCUCUCUCCUCACCUAUACCUCAAAUAAUCCCCCCACAAGGACAAAAAGAAAACCCACCUUUUCCUUUCUUGCACUUUUCUUACUAGCACUGACUUUGCUGAUAGGGGCUUUAUUGAGGAAAAGUUUUACUUACUAUGACUGUGAUAUGUGGUUGUCUAUACCUUGACAUGAAUGCACUAACUGUAAGUCGCUCUCGAUAAGAUUGUCUGCUAAAUUACAAAAAUGUCAAAUGUUUUUAAAACGCAUUGGAGAAGGAGGAACGUUGGACCUUCUUCUCCAAUCUGUUUGGGAAGGAGGUAAGGAGAUAGGACGCAAGGAAUUGCGGAAAGACUAAUUGAGAUAGAACCCAGUUCCUGUUCCUACUUCCUACAUGACCCUAUCUACUCCCAUUUCUUGAAUCUUUCACCAUUCACCACCUCUUAACUUGAAAUAAUGAUUAUUAUAGCAUCGUCAUCCUAGAUAAGCACAUAUCUAUGGCUGUGACUGUUUGCGAUGUAUUUUAUAUGUCUCUCUUCUCUCUCUCUCUUCUAACCCUAACCCCAGGUAUCCUGGAGUGGCCAUUCUGGACCAAGCUGGUGGUGGUGGCCAUCGGCUUCACUGGCGGCCUGGUCUUCAUGUACAUCCAGUGUAAAGUCUACUUCCAGCUGUGGCGGAGACUCAAGGCCUACAACCGGGUGAUCUACGUCCAGAACCGCCCAGAAACGUGUAAAAAGCAGAUGUUGGAGAAGCCGCCCCUCAUGGAGCCCAAUGUGGAGCACAAGGAGGCUCUGGUCCCCACCCAGUCAGACACAAACUCCUCCCAGUACACAGAGACAGAGGACUACAGUAUGGAAGUGCUCCAUGUCUGACCCACAGAUACUGACACACAGUAACACACCAUGUCUGACCCACAGAUACUGACACACAGUGACACACCAUGUCUGACCCACAUAUACUGACACACAGUGACACACCAUGUCUGACCCACAGAUACUGACACACAGUGACACA